AUGGAGGAAACCUCUCCUCCGCUCCUAUUGUGGGCGCCCAUUCAUUGGUCAACACGUUGUCUGUACCUCUUCGUCAUUUAUGCCAUCAAAGUCCUGCUUGCCAUCCGUUGGCAACUGAUGCAGACAGGUGCAACUCUCGGCCUCAUAGCUAGACCAAGUGGCAAGCCGAUCUAUUCAAAGUCCUACCCUAGUAGACCCAAGCUCAAACAUCGCUUCUUCUUCCCAAGUUCUCACAAGCCUGGGCAAUCGCACCCGGUUUACAUUAAUAUCCAUGGAGGAGGAUAUGCCUUCGGCGCACCGGCAUAUGACGAUGAGUUUUGUGCAUUCAUGUCUCGCGAAUUCAACUUGCUCGUCGUCAGUGUUCAAUACUCCCUCUCACCGAGGGCGACGUUUCCAACACCCACCCAGGAUGUCGUUGCUGUAGUGGAAGAGAUCCUACGCGAUGACAGCCUUCCCAUUGACCAUUCUCGAAUCGCGAUCGGAGGUUUCAGCGCGGGCGGCAACCUAGCGUUAUCUGCGUGCCAGUCUCCAAGUCUGCAGGGCAAGGUGAAAGCUGCAGUACCAUGGUAUGCUCCCGUAGACUGGAGCGUCAAUUACGAGUACAAGUUGGCCUCUCGGCCUUAUAGACACGAUAAAGAGGUUGACGGCCUUGCUGCGCUGGCGCCUAUUUUCAAUAAUGUGUACCUGCCCACAGGCACAGACCAGAGAGACCCUCGCCUUAGCGUGCUGUAUGCGGAGAGGAGCGAGUUACCGGAAUGGAUCUUUGCGAUUGGCGCGGAAUAUGAUAUGCUCAACGAUGAAGCGCGGCGGAUGAUGAUCCGGUUAGCGGGAGAAUCGAAAGUCAGCGGGGUGGAAAACGUGGCUUUUGAGAGGGACGGCGGAAAGUUGAGAUGGAGAAUGGUGACUGGUGCAGAGCACAGUUUCACUCACUGGUGGUUGAAGAGAGGUCAGCAAGCUGAGGUUACAAAGCCGUUGGCAGAGAAAUGGUUUCGAGAGGUAGGGAGAUGGCUGACAAAGGAGGCUUUUGCAUAG